UUUAUGUGACGCGUUAACUAAACCUGAAACUAAAACUAAAACCUUGCAUUGAAAGACUGUAUGAGCUCAUUUAUAACCGGGAAGUGAGAUAUGUCUUUGUUUCACAGGGAGUAUGGUGGCUGUGCUGCGGAUUUUCUCCGCUCUGUCCUUCUGUCGGAUUGUUGGCGCAACAGAUCACACGCUGUUGAUCAGUGCUUUAAUUGGAGGAGUGGCGUAUUUGUUGCUGAUCAUCGCUGUCGCAGUUGUAGGUGUUGUGUGUUGGUGCAAAGGAAAGAACACGACAGGCUGCCAUUGUCUAGUGCAUCACUCACAAGGAAGUUCGAGAGCAAAUGGCGACUACAAAAACCAGGGCACCCCUGAACAUUCCACCGAGGUGGAGGUGGACAAACUGCAUGACAAGAUCAGGGAGUUGUUAGAGGAAGCUGGUGGUGUUCACGGUGAAUUCAACCGACUUUCUGUUGGUGCCAAUCGACCUCAGCUAAGAUCUCGACGGAAGGGAAACAGAGCCAAGAACCGUUAUAAAAACAUCUAUCCUUAUGAUUUCAACCAAGUACAGCUGACGAAACUGCACAGUGAUCCUCUCUCUACCUAUAUCAACGCUAACUACAUCAAUGGAUAUUUCAAACCUCAAGCAUACAUUGCGACUCAAGGGCCGAAACGGACAACAGUUGGUGACUUCUGGCGAAUGGUGUUUGAGAAGGAGAUAACUCGAGUGGUUAUGCUGACCAACCAUGUAGAGAAGGACGUGGUCAAAUGCGACUCUUACUGGUUGGACGGAUAUAAACUUGAUGUAGGACGAUUCCUGAUUUCUGUCACCAAGAAGUUGCAGAGAUCGCACUGGACCUUCAGGAAAAUCAACGCCACAUCUAAAGAGACUGGAGAAAGCCUUGUGGUGAAUCACUUCCACUUUACGGUGUGGUCGGAUGACAGCACCGCAGAUGAACUCGCACAAGCGGAGUUUGUGUUCCGAGUAAGAAGGACGCCCAACCCGAACAACUCCCCCUUGCUGGUUCACUGUAGCGCUGGGAUCGGCCGAACAGGGACAUAUAUCGCUGUGGAUUAUCUGCUGGAUCAGGUUUUCACUGAUCACAAAGUGGACGUGUUCGGGGUUGUGAAUACAAUGAGACAGCAGCGCAACAGUAUGGUACAGAACGUGAGUCAAUACCUGAGCGUGUAUACCACUCUCUAUGAAGCACUCCUGGUCGGGGAUACGACCUUGCCCGUGGCAGUAUUUAAGCAAGGCGCUGGUCAUGGAACAUUCACUAUGGGGAACAUCACAGUACCUCACCUAAUAAAGAAAUUGGGACGGGAGAGAGGAAAUGCCGAAUCAGAAGGCAGCUACAAGAACAUUGUGAGGGUGAACGGGGGAGCUGAUGUUCUAACAGUCAUGAUGCCAUCCCGACUCUCUCUGAAAGGAUACCUAGUAACUGAAGCUCCCUCCGUCACCACGGCGUCUUCGUUCUGGGAACUCACAACUAGCCACGACUCUUCUACAGUCAUAGUUCUACCAAAGUCACAACAAAUGCUGCCCUGUUUCCUGCCAACAUUGGGAUCCAGCCUCGACUGGACUCCAUUGAGCGUGAAAUGUUCCAUGAUAUAUGAUAUCAGUCCAGACAUCGUUUUGAGAAAUGUGGAAAGAAAAAUGGAGGGUCACGUAUCCUCUCCGCCAGUGCGCGUGUAUCUACUGAAGACAAUCAACCCAAACGUUGUCCUUGACCUUGUAGCAGAGAUGGAGUCACGAAGUGGAGCAACAAGAGCAGAGCCAGUUACAAUUAUGUUUGGUGAGGGUGAAAGGCGAAUGGCUACGUUGUUCUGCAUCUUGAACAACAUCUUGCAGGGCGUGAAAAAUGACAACGAGGUGGAAAUCUACAACAACAUCAGACGACUCGGGCAUCUGUUUGAUAACGACCUCACAGAGGUCGAGGUAUCUACGUGUUUUGAAUUGGCCUCAUCCUUCAUCGAAACACAAAAGUUGUAGACGACAGUGAAGGUGAAUAAAUGUGUAAGCAAACUGUCAAGUACAACGAGGUCGGACGAAAACAGAAUUAGUUGUUAACGAUUUUUAAGCACCGACUAGUUUUAUAGAUUGGAUUGGUAGCUAGCUAGAGUUAACAGGCAACCAUAUUGGAAAUACCGACUCUGUUAGAUAACGAUGUGUUGUUUUACGCUUUGAACAUUAAUGUAUUGAUAUCAUGCUGUGACAGUUUAAUGUGUGAGAAAGUGUGCAAUGCUUGGCCUCACGUAUACUUUAUAAAAUAUGAACUUCCAAUUAGAACUCCUAUGUAUUAUUGACCCAUCGACACCUUCAAAUCAAUUCGGUUGUUAUCGAACUAAAGCGCUAAAAUGAGACGGAGACCCAAUGACGGCAAAGUCUGUUAUCACCGACCAUUUACUGAGUCUUUCACAUCCAUGGCUGGCUACAGGCAGUGAUGCUGAGGUGGCAAACAGAAGCGUCUUUUCAAAUAAAUAGGUUUUACAUCGUCAAUGUAUAUAUUAUAUUUUAUUUUCCUAUCUAGAACAGUUACUGUAAAAACUGUAACAUUAUCAUCACAAAGCCUUUAAUAUUUUGUUAUAUUAUACAUUCAUCUCAAUGUCAUGUAAAGCUAUACUGAUUAUUGUACUUAUUGCGACUUUGUUAAUUUCAGUGUACUGAACAUUUUAUUACAUUUGUACAAUUCAGACCGACUCUCAUCAACAUCUCUUGUCGAUAUGUUUAAUGUUUAUAUGGUCAGUAUGCUGGAACAUUACAUCCGGGUAACAAGGAAGUGUACACUACAAAAGCUGCUUUCAACUGAUAACUUGGAUAUGAUGGAUCUGACAUCAACUGAGAACAAUCUUAUCUGCCUACAUUCAGAAAGUGUAGGCCAGGGUACAUUAUCCACAUGUAGACUGUAGAAUAUUGCAGUGAAAAUAUGAUGCAUCGACGGCGUAUAUGACAUUCCAACUCACGACUGUAGAUUAUUAACUUGCCGAGAAAAUAUUUCCCCUGAUAGUAGUGAGUGACCGACUUUGCUGGUUUAAAAUCCCUUUGAACAAUACUUCCUUUUAUAUCAAAGAGCGAAGGUUUAGAGGAAAGCCAACCGUGACGCAGGUAUGCAGAUUGUUGCAACUUUGGGUGUUGUGCCGACAGGCUAUGGCGCAUUAUGUUCUGUAACAUACCAUUCCUGUAGGCCACUAACUGUCCAGUAUGUACCUGUACAAACUACUGCGUCAUAGUAUUAGAACUGGUGAGAAUAAUGUAUACGUAGAAUCGAAUAGGGUGACAUGAGUUACCUCCCUUCAUUUGCCUGAGAGAUAAAAUCCGACAAAUGCAUCAUGUCUCACAGUUUAAUCGUCUCAACAAAACAAAUAGAUACAGUGUAACAGUAAACUGUGUAUUAUGAAUGUUAAUAAUAUACUUCAGAGUGAAAGACUGAGUUUUCUGAAGUUGGGAAAUGUGAUAUUUGAUAUUUUAUAUAAAAGUGUCUAGCGCAUACACAAACUGACUUCCUAUUUACGUUCGUUCUACAUUGACAUGGCAAAACAAAGACAGACGGCCAUUUAUGGAGUUAAUAUCGCUUCUUGCCGUUUGUUAUUCUCUUGAAACUGUAUCGACUGUAAAUUUCUCAUUUAACUUUCCAAUCGAAACUGUUUGUUUCGCAAAACGCGAUUUUUGUUACUUCACCAAUGUGUAUUCGUUCACUUUCAAAACGGUCAUGCUGAUUUCAAGCUAGGAUAUGUUUUGUUGAAGUGCAUUUUGUAUAUAAUCCAAAUGUAUGAUAAAGAAUUAAAUUUGGCA